AUGGGCGAACAGUGUAUUUCUGUGGUGUUUUUUUCUUCAUUUUUUUUUAAUAUGGCGGUGAUUCUUGUUUACGUUAUUAUCUAUAUUUGUUCUUUAUAUUAUUUUUUUUCUUUCGUUUAUACAUUCGUUUUUAUAGAGGAUAACACUUGUGUCCACACACACGCCAAUAACAUUUUCGCCUACGUUUCAUAUUGUCUCACGCAACGGCUAACAAGGAGGACAACGUCGCCGGAGGAUUGGUCAGUUACAGCACAGCCUGUUUCCGUCCUCGGCGCGGGAUCAACGCUUCGUGCAGUUAACCCCAAUACACCUGUGCUGCUGAGCCAGGUCCCUGCCGACACCAGUCACCUCGACUAUCGCUCUCGCUUUUCUCAUUGUCUUUCCCCCGUAACUCGCUCUCUCUCUCUCUCUCUCUCUCUCUCUCUCUAUCUAUCUAUCUAUCUAUCUAUAUAUUAUGAACAUCUAUCUAUCUAUCUAUCUAUCUAUCUAUCUAUCUGUCUACCUAUGUCUGUACUCCGUCUGUAUCCAUGUCUCUUUCUCUCUCUAUCUCUCUCUCUAUCUAUAUCUGAUGUUCAUAGACAUUAUCUAUCUAUCUAUCUAUCUAUCUAUCUAUCUAUCUAUCUAUCUAUCUAUGUUUUCUCUCACUCUCUCCAUCAUUCUAUCUACCUAUGUCUAUACUCUCUCUCUCUCUUUCACUUGGUUUAUACACAAUAUCUAUCUCUUUAUCUUUCUAUCACGAAGCAUAACUGA